UCGAAGCUUCCAGAGAAUGCCAACAUUCCUCAAGCAAAUGUCACUACAGCAGCGUGUACGCCUCAACCCCGAAAAUUCCGUCGUCAAGGACUUGCGCAGCUUGACAGAAACUGGGGUCACGCUGUAAUAGCUUGUGCCGCUACUUUCUUCUUGUCUGCUAUUCACUCGACCUCAGGCUUCUUCUAUGUUGCAUUUAUGAGGGAGUUCGGCGCCGACCGCCAGCAUGCGUCAUGGCCUACAAGCGCCUACCUGGCGAUGGACGACGUGUCAGGAAUCGUUGUGGCCUGCCUCCAGAAGUACUACCGUGUUUCAACAAUCAGCCUCUUUGGAACGGCGCUCUUUUGGGUGGGCAUCCUAGCCUCCCAGUUUGCACCUGACAUUGCAUGGAUGACCGUGACCUUCGGGAUAAUACAAGGCUGUGGAACCGGGAUUGUUUCUGUUGCUGUCACAGUCAUACUCAUGAUGUACUUCGACAGGUACCGUGGUGUAGCCACUGGUAUUCGUUACGCCGGAUAUUCCCUCUCGUCCCUGCUGUACCCUCCGAUACUCGCUCAAUUGGAGGAGCAGUUCACCUUGCGGCAGACGCUUCUAAUAUUCGCCGGAAUCGGCCUCCACCUGGCGCCGCUUGUUCUGGCGCUCAAGGAACCUCAUUGGCUACGUCACACCGAAGAUAGAAAGUCCGUGUCAAGCGAAACCAGUUGCCGCAACACAGAAGCAAAGGAUCGCAAAACUAUCCUUACCGAAGAAAAUAACGAGAGAAAUGGCGCGCCUAAGAACAUGCUCUCCAACGCUGCCAGUGCUGUCGAUGCCUCACGAAAAGAUUUUGGCGCUAAAGAAAAAAACGUUUUCAUUCUUCCGUGUCCAAUUUUAGACAAGCACUCGAAUGCAGUGGGGGUGAACUCCGAGGCCGUGAAAGCAAAGAGAGACACUCAGAAGUGGUCACAGAAGAAUGACGAGAUCGAGAAACCGUCAUGCACGGAGCAUUACAGAAAAAAAAGCAGGGCUCUGAGCAUAGCGGAUGUUGAAGAUGGUGUGCGUCAGAUUGCAAUGGCUGGUUUGGGUGGUUUCAAGAGAGCCGAUAUGUUUUCCACGGUCAUAAAAUCACCGACAGGACAGGAUGUAAUCGACGUACAGCUGCCAGUCCCAGCCGAUUUCACAAAUGAGAACAUAGCGCAAGUUGACCGCAGUAAAAAUAAAGGUGGUGAGAACCGCGUACACGACCCCACGUUUAAAGGAGAGCCUUCCGAGACCCCGUCGUUCUCCACAUUAUGCCGGAAGCCAACGUUCUGGGCGGUUGUCCUCGGGGGUGCGUUAAUCGACUACACGGACUGCGCUUUCAUGGCGACGAUCGUUGACUCGGCGCUCGACCGCGGAGCAACGCGCUAUCAGAGUGACAUGUCGAUCGCUUGCUCAGCACCGUCGCAGCUUUUGGGCAGAACCGCGCUGCCUCUGAUCGCCGACCUGGGUUUUGCUAACCGUACAACACUUGCCUGCGCCUGCUACUUUCUCUUCGCCGCCAGUGCUGCCCUCUUGGCCGUGACGCGAACGUUCGCUCUCUACGCGACGACAUCCGCUGUUGCGUGCAUCUUCAUGGGCUGCAUGACGACGAUGAAGCACGUGGUCGUUGCGGAAUACUUCGGCGUCGAAGUGGUGCCAACGGCGUGGGCUGCCAACGGAGCACUGGUGCUGCCCUUGCUGCUGUGCAACCCGUCUGUAUUAGGGUUUUUCCGGGACAGGCAAGGCUCCUACGACCAAUUUUAUUAUUCGCUCUCGGGACUUCAUGUAGUCGUUGGCGUAGUAUACCUGUUUCUACUGUUUUCUGCAAAAAGAAGCAUCAAAUCCUGGACUGUAACAAAACAUCUGAGAUAACAGUGCAUUCUAGUAGCUUGUGCUAUCAAAUGAAUGGCUGCUUG